AGUAAAUUAAGUGAAAUUAAAGAAGACAGACUAGACUACAUCCAAACACAAACAAACCACUCGGACGAUGAUAAAUUAAUCAUGCUCCAGCGGUUAUUGUUCAUAGACUACCUAUCUAUAAAGUGCGCGUUCAUGUCUCUCCGCGCUCUGCUAUUGGUCCGCUCGCGCGGUUUCCCGUGGUUCAACAGUUUUGUAGCAACAGCCCCUUCACCCCAACCACCACCCCACAAAAACACCGUAUUUAUAACAUCCACCCUCGGGGACGCGCACGCGACACUGGCUUUCACUGAUGCAUAUUAUUUUGUUGGACAAUGUUCUGCGUCAUGUUGGACAAUGUUCUGCGUAAUUUGUGCGUUUGGUUGACUGUUUAUCUGAUUUCAAGUUGACUUAUGAUUUGAGGUGCAUGUUAAUACAAAAGAUUGUUGCGCCAUUCUGGGUUUCGGAAGGGCUUGUUCAGAGGGACUCUGCCCGAAGCGCGAUUCUGAGGAUUUAUUUUAUAGACGAUUUUCUGAGAGAAGGUUUUGAUUGUAAUAUACAACUGUGCUCACUUGGAUGUGAGAAACUAUUAUGUAUAGUUGUCUACUAUAUGCAUUGUAAGGAAAAGGGAAGAUAGUCUACUGCAACUGAUUUUUAGAUAAGAGGGAUUUUUAAGAGGGAUUUUGUAAGGGGCUCAGCCAGGACAUGUGAGAAGAACAAAACCAUGUCCCUCACUGACGGACGAGAGCGGACACCGGACACACGCACCUGUCUGCCCACUGUCACACCGUGGCACAUGGUGGUGUGUUGUUGUCUGGUUUUCUCUCUAGGAGACAUGUGAUUUACAGCCUUUUGCUGGCUAUAGUGAUUCGGUUUAUUUGUGUCCAAUCUAUAGCCUAGUACAAUGGGAUACAAUAGGAGAUACUUGGACCCAAAUAUAUUCGUUUUUUAAAUUUGUAUUUAUUCAGAUCACUUUAAUCUCAGAUAAAAAUCUAUUUUGCAAACGAGACUUGGUCGAAUAGCAGCAAUGGGCCUAAUGUCUCAUUGAGAUUUUAAUAAUCCCUUCUUCAAUAGAGCAUUGAAUUGAUUGAAAAUGAAUUUCGAGCAGAUUCUAACAGCUGUAGGAGGGUUUGGAAAGUACCAGAAGAUUCUGUAUGUGUGGAUCUGUCUGCCUCAGAUACUACUGGGUUUUCACAUGAUGGCCAGCAUCUUUACCGGGGCUACACCAGGACAUCGCUGCCGGGACAGCCCGAGCUCAGGCCCCGGUAAUAACGUUCAUAAUGGUAGCCUGGCUUUGACUUCAUCCGUUACUGUUACUGCAAAGCUGAACCUCAGCAUCCCGGUGGAUCCACAGGUGGACGACUCCUGCGUCCUCAUGGACAUUCUAACAGAGAACGGGACUGCGCGCGCGCCUUGCGAGCACGGAUGGGUGUACAGCCAGGAGAUUUAUCAAAGCACUACCAUCACCGAGUGGGACUUGGUGUGUGACAAGGCAUGGCUCAACAGUUUGGGGUCUUCUGUCUACAUGUUGGGUCUGCUGGUGGGAGCAGUCAUCUUUGGAGCUAUGGCAGACAGGAUUGGUAGGAGGUAUGCCCUGCUCCUCUCCCUAGCACUACAGACAGUGUUUGGAGUGGCUGCGGCUUUUGCUCCAAACUUCCCUGUGUAUGUCCUGCUGCGAUUUAUUCUGGGGACUACUAUCUCUGGAGUCAUCAUCAACGCCUUUGUACUGGGUACAGAGUGGACGUGUGCCCAGCGUCGUAUGUUAGCUGGUGUCUUCACUGACUACUUCUUUGGCCUGGGCUACAUGCUAAUAGCUGGACUAGCCUACCUCAUACGAGACUGGAGAAAACUACAGCUGGCUAUAUCUGUUCCUGGCUUUCUGUUCAUCUUCUAUAUAUGGGUGCUUCCUCAGUCAGCUAGGUGGUUGCUAGCCAAUGACAGGAGAGAGGAGGCCAUUGUUCUACUACGCAAAGCUGCUACAGUCAACGGACGUGUAUUACCACCUACUAUACAGGUGGACAGGUGUGACAUGGAAGGUAGAAGGAGACACUCAGCUGCAGAUCUCAUUAGAACACCCCAGAUGAGGAAAAGAGCUCUUAUCCUUUUCUAUGUCUGGUUUGUGAAUGUAUUGGUAUAUUAUGGACUGUCUCUAGGUGUAUCUAAACUGGGCUCAGACCUCUACCUGACUCAGUUCAUCUUUGGAUUGGUGGAGAUCCCUGCCAGGUCAUUGGUCCUCCUGUUCCUCCCUUGGAGCAGACGCCUAUCCCAGAGUGGCUUUCUGGCCCUGGGGGGCGUGGCCUGUCUGCUCACUCUAACUGUACCUACAGACCAUCCCAACCUGAUAACAGGUCUAGCCAUGGUAGGAAAGUUUGGUAUCACUGCUUCCUUCGCUGUUAUCUAUGUUUAUACUGCUGAGAUCUUCCCUACUGUACUACGGCAGACAGGGAUAGGUGUGUCCAGUAUGUUUGCCCGUGUAGGGGGUGUGUUAGCCCCCCUUAUCAACAUGCUCCAUACCAGAAGCCCCUCUCUACCCAUGCUCAUCUUUGGCUGCGCCCCCCUGCUUGGCGCAGUUCUCGCCCUGGCACUGCCAGAGACUGCCAACAGACCACUACCGGAUACCGUAGAAGACGCAGAGAACUGGGAUACUAGGUUUCCUCCAAAGAAGGGCCAAGGAGAGGACAUUAUCCAAUCAGCAAGCAGCACAGAGGGGCAGGAACUACAGCGCCUAGCAACGGAGUCUUGACCACUCACACACAUGCACACAUCCCAGCAAUCCGCACACAAACACACAUACAGUUGAAGUCAGAAGUUUACAUA